UCACCCCGCGUGUUCCCCACCCAGCCCCGCUCCCCACCGCGCUCACGGCUUUCGUCAGAGCCUUCCCGGAGCCGAGCUGAGCUCAGCUGAGCUGGGCUGGCCGGGACGGGCGGGCGGGGGCUCCGCGGAGCUCGGAGCAGCCCCGCAGGAGGGGCUCCGCUGCUCGGGCAGUGCCGGGGGACCCGCGAUGGGCUCCGGCAGCCGCUGCUCGCUCCUGCUGCUGCUGCUGGUGCUGCUGGUGCUGCUGGUGCUGCCCGCGGCGCGGGGGGACUGCGGGCCGCUGCCCAAUAUCAGCCACGCCGAGCCCCGAGGGGACACCAAACACCAGCAGAGCUUCAGUGUGGGCUCCACAGUGACCUUCGGCUGCGUGCCGGGUUACACCAAAAUCCCCUUUCUCCCCGCCACCAUCCAGUGCCUGCCGAACUCCCGCUGGUCCAGCCUGCCGGAGUUCUGCGGCCGCAGCUGUCCCAGACCCAGCACUGUGAAAUUUGCUGCGCUAUCACCAGAAGACAAAAUGCAGAAUUUUUAUGCCGUGAACACCACGGUGAGGUACAUUUGUCGUGAAGGUUUUGAAAACACCACAGCCCAGCCCCCCACCAGCACCUGUUUGGACAAUUUAACCUGGACAGAAGUUCCUGAACUGUGUCAGAAGAAAUCUUGUGGUAUUCCAGCCAAUCCAGAACAUGGCAAAGUCAUCCUAAAAGAUCAUCUGCUGGGUGAAACAGCCAGAGUGGUUUGUGACCAUGGGUACAGAUUAAAGGGAGCAUCACCUUCCAUCAGGUGUCUCCUAGAGGGAGACAAAGCUGUCUGGAGUCCUCUUCCAGCUUGUCAGGUGAUUUCCUGUCCCCCUCCUCCAGCCAUCCCCCACGGGCAGCACAGCGGGAACAGCUCGGAGGGGUUCGUGCUGGGCUCCGUCACAACCUACACGUGCGAGCCGGGGCUGGAGCUGGUGGGACAGGACACGCUGCGCUGCACCGGCGACAGCGGCGACAGCGGCGACAGCGGCGACAGCGGCGACAGCGGCACCUGGAGCGGGGCCCCGCCCGCCUGCCGGGUUAAAACCACAGCAGAGACAAACCAAACCAAACCCUCAGAAGAGAAUCCUUACUGGCUGGCAAGCAUCCUCAUUCCGAGUUGCAUUGUUCCCCCAGUAGCCCUUGGAAUUCUAGCUGGGAUCAUCGUGAGAUGGAAAGAGAGUGAGAAGCACUCCUAUAGUGUGAAUUCACAAAAGCAGGAGGUGAAGGGAAGCGAUGCAGUGAUGAACCUGGAGGCUGCAGUUGAGAAGAAGCACCCCAAACCCUGGAAUUCCUACUUUUGCCACACAGGGAACUGCCACGUGUGUGCCAGCUGUGAGGAGCAGCUCCACAGUGACCUGGCCCCUCUCCCAGAGCUCCCACACCACGGCUGUGCCACCUGCCAGGACUGGCUGAGCUCCCAGCCCCAAAAACCCCGCAGCUACUCAGUCCCCAGCAUCGGUGGUGGGGACAGCCAGAGCCCAGCAGGCAGCAGCUCUCCUGCCAAAGCUGUGGAUGUGCUGAGGGCAGAUGGCACAGGAGAAGCUGCUCCAUGGAGGAGUGAGGCAAAGCAGCCCAAGGACCACCAAAGUGACCACAUCUGUCCCAUCUGUGAGAGCUGGCUCCGUGCCCACACUGGCCAGGGUGACAGCAGUGCUGUGACACCGGGGGAGUGGCAGCACAAGGGCCCCCAGGGCCCCGUCUGCCCCCCCUGCACGGACAGACAGCUCCUGUCCCUGGUCCACGGGGACACAGCCAGCAGCCCCGUGUGUCCCCUGGCCGGGGAGGGGACCCCAGCCCACCUGGUCCCUCUGCACAGCCCCAGCUGCCACCUGUGCCCCGUGUGCUCGGUGCCCACCCACGCUCACCUGUGCCAGCCCCAGCGCCUGGCACCUGAUGGAUAAAUCCAGGAGCUGAGGAGGGAAGGGGAGUUCAGCACCGAUCCCUGGCAGGGAUUCAGCUCUGAGUGCAAUAAAGUGACCUGAAAUCAAAGCUCUGACUUCACCUGGGCUGGCAAACAAGCAGAAAAACCAAACACACUUCAAACCCACCUCUGUGUUGGUUCAAUGCCCACUUCUUUGUUUAUUUUUGUAUGAACAAGUAUUUUUGCAGCUCUUAAAGUGAGACUUUAAAAAGUCAGUAAAGGUUUCUUUGCGCUAGGAAAACAAUUUCCUCUUUGCACAAUCUUACAAGAUUUAUUUGUAUUUCUUAAACUACUUUCUUUAAACUGAGGUUCCUUUCCUAGUGUGCAGUUAAAAGUGCCAAAUUUACAGUAUUUAUAGUAAAACUGUUUUGUAAAUAAAAGGAAUACAAAAUAAGGAAUACUGGUA